AUGGACCCUAGCACAAUGUCUCCGCUCCAUCGUCAUUGCUGCAGUUUGGCGGCAGCGUCCAAGCAACCUCUAUCGAGGGAAGCGAUCAUUCAACACGCGAGCACUUACUACCUUUGGGAGCGGUUAUACGGCGUCUGCCCUCCCUCUCGCACGCUUGACAACUUGGUAUGCUGGAUGAAGGGGGAAAAAGCUCCUCCCCCCACGCCGUUGAAGGGCGCCCGAGGACCGUCCGAACUCCCUCCUGCCGCGAAACUCAUGGGAGCCGCGGAGAAGCAGCGAACAGACGACAAUGGGAUCCCACCCAUUGCAGAGGCCUCCCACGACGCAACGAACGAAGCCACCUCUGUAGAAAAUGCGGCGCCAGAAAACUCAGAAGCCAUCGCCCCAGAACUCUUGGUAAAUGAAGAGGUGGUGGAAAAGGCGACAGCCGAUGAUGCCGUCCUCACACCCCCACCGCCCUGCGGUGGGCGGGAAUUCUCGCAAGAAAAAGCCAAACGGCCCCGUGCGUCGUCUGAAGGAGAUGACGACGCACUAAAAAUGCGUUGUUUGGAGCCCGCCAAGGGCAAUGCCUUUGUGGAGAAGUAUCGUGAAGUGGCGGUGGAGAAUACUCCAAGGCGAAGCGAGGCCUCGAAAAGUGCACAUCGCGAGCAAUCUUCGAAAGGCCAUCGCGAAUCCCCCGUCGAUGUCUCCCCUGCAACCCGAGGCCCAUCAAAAGAGAUGGAAGGUGAGGUCGUCGCCUACGAUGGUUUCAGGGCGCCGCGCUCUCAAGAUGAACUUUCAAACCGCUCGUUAGCGAACAAACAUCUGGACACGCUCUUCACGGUAUCCCCCCCCGCCAAGCGCAGCUCACCCAGCAGAAGCAACCCUCCGGAGAAUCCAAGGGAUGCCGGGCCUUCAUCCAUGCCGAACGACGCUAAUGUGGAGCCUCCUAGCGUGUGCGGCGAUCGCGAGGCCUCACGAAGCACCAACGAGCCCGCAUGCGUGGAAGAUUCCGCGCCGCACGCGCUAUCUCAGGAGGCAUUGGCAGACGCCUGGCCUCAUCAUCGCUCACCCGCGGUGGAAUCUUCGCACGGGGAGCCCCCGGCGACGUCGUCGGAGGCGCCCGCGAGGGAGGCUCGUCGAUCGCGCGUAGCCGCCACCCCAUCGAACGAACGGGAACAUCCGGUUGAGGCGGGUGAAACGGGCAAACCCACGCGCUCCGCGUCAUUGAUUUUCUUCACAAGAACGCCCUCAUCGUCGUCGUCAUCGUCGGGGUCGCCUCUGCGAGGGGAGGGGGCUUCCGGCGAGCCUCUGCCGGAGAAGAAAAGCAGCGGCCGUGGGGUGGUGGACCUCCCCCGAAGGGAACCCCGCGAGGUCUCCCCAUGGCGUUCUUUUUCCACCUCUCCCCCCCCUCCCCCUCCGCGGCGAGGAGGGCCCUCCCCCCCACCGCUGCCACCCUCAGCGGAGGGACGGCCGCGCGUCGUCGAGCGGCAUCGCCACGGCAGCGCGAGCAGCCGAAACGAAUUCGACCUCCCUCUUCGCGUGGUGACGCUGAGCAAGGGGAGCCCGCACGGGACCUUCCCUCCUUCCUCCCUCUCGGUGAUAACCGAGGGGGAAUCGCGCGACGAGGAGGCCUUUCCGCCGUUCUCGAAGUCGACCUCACGGAAUUGGCGAUCGCGAUCACAAAAAGGACUUGAGAAGGGGGAAUCCGGCGGCGCGGUGCCCUCGGUAGGGGAGGUGGAGGAGGGUUUUGACGAUGGCAAGAUAGAAGGCGCUCGCCACGCCCCUCAUCUCGCGCUGGAAACGACGAUAACCUUGGCGGACGUGCGCGUUAAAGACAAGAAGCGUAGCCGAGUGAACCACCCCCAACGCGGCCCCCUCAUCUCUCACAAAAAGAGGCUACGUCGAAUACACAAAUCCAUCCCGAACGAAUUUACGCUUCCACGCGCGUUCUCUGCGCCCGUCACGGAGGUGGAGGCAAAAAAAUCAAACCCUAGCAUGAACACGUGGAAAGCAAAGAAGGUUGUGAAUAAGGGUGCAUCCCUUGCUGCUGAAAGAAUCAAAAAAAAUGAAGAAAAUCAUUCAAAAUCUGGAAAGUCUCACAAGAAUAAAUAG